UACAUCUGCUUAAGUUACGUCUGGGGGGGUAUGGAGGAAUUCCAGCUUGAGGAGGGCGAGCACGGCAUCCCGAGUUAUUAUGAAAAGGCUGGAAGUCUCGAGGGCGCACCAGCGACGAUCGAAGACGCCAUGGCCGUGUGCCGCAUCCUCGACAAGAAGUACCUCUGGGUAGACCGACUUUGCAUUCCGCAGGAUGGUUCCCAAAAAUCCAAAAAAGACAGAGAGGCACAGAUUGGUCAAAUGGGCCGGAUUUACAAUCACGCAUUCGUCACGCUCGCAGCGGUCGAAGGCGCUGAUCCAAGGCACGGUCUUCAUGGCGUAUCCACUCGCCUGCAGCUCAAACCCGCCCCUUAUAAAGGAGUUUAUCUUGUCGCGAGAUCUAAAUGGGCAACCCGCGCCUGGACGUUGCAAGAAGCCGUGCUCUCUCGCCGGCUGAUGCUUUUCACAGCACAUGAUGUUGUCCUUGAAAGCGAA